AUGAAGCCACAAGUAUUAUUUUUGGUUAUUAUUGUCAGCUAUACUGCUUCUCAAGGAAACAAGGAAGUAACACAAAAAUUCAUCAUUCCCGAAGAUCCUCAACAAAAUUAUCGCAAACUUUGCACAACAAUGGUAAAAAUGAUUGAGAAUAGUAAAAUAGCAAGCACAAGAAACUUGGAUGUGUUGAUAUUCUCAAUGAUACAAGACUCUCUGCUUCCUUAUUUUGAAGGAUUUCAUGCAAUGAUGAACAAAGUUAGUAGUGACAUAAUUACGACACGAUCAUUCACACUUUCUAAAGUUGAAAGGAACUCCAACGCUGACUUUGUGAUACUUUUAAUUUUUAAUCAAAUGUCGGGCUAUAAAAACUUAAUCCAAGAACAUUUUGACGUCAUUUUUCCAGACUCUUCAAUUCGAAUGUUUGUUGUUGCACUAGACACUGAUGAUUUUGAGAUAUUGCUUCCUGUUUUAACUGCAUUAGCACAGUCAUAUUUCCACAAUAUUUAUGGAAUCUUGCAAAAAAAUGCACAAGUUCUUGACAUCUUUCAAAUCAAAAUGAGAAGAUUACAAGAAAAUCUACACAUGAGUGAGAUAAAGUCAAAAGGUGAUAAAUUUGAAAUGCUUAGUGAAAUAUUGAAACCCGGCGAUGUUAAAAUCAUAAAGAUUGUCCAUUUUAAUGUGUAUCCAUUAACUUAUGUGAAAGAUGGUGUAGUUUAUGGAGCAGACGGGAAUUUAAUUCGAGAAUUUUGUAAAAAGUAUGGAUUCAACUACCGAAUAACCAACAAAGGAACUGAACAAUCAACAUUGGAGAGAAUGAACGUUGCUAUGAGAAAAGAUGUAGACAUUCUGCUGACAACUAACAUAUAUGCAGUUACUAAUAGAAUGAUUGGUAUUUGGCUUAAUGAAAUGGAUGGCGGUUGCUUACUUGUUCCACGAAAUGUUCCUGUAUCAUCGAUAGAAAAUCUAUCAUUGCCAUUUGAUAGUAUGUCUGUGGCAUUUAUGGCACUUUCUGUUGCACUUUUAAUUGUAUUUUGGAAGAUAAUUGCAAUUGUUAAUGGCAAGCAUAUAUCAGCUGUGAAUAUUAUGUUUGAUGCUUAUCUAUUGACAUUUGGUAUGGGAAUAUCCACACUCGACCGUUUAACAUAUAAGGAGAAAUUAAUGAUAUUGUGCUUUAUGUUUGGCUCGUUUAUACUUGCAACUUCAUAUCAGUCUAUUAUUUUAUCGUUCAUGCUAAUGAAUCCUGCAAUGAGAUCAGCAAAAGAUUUACAGGAACUUAAUGCAAGUGACACAAAGUUUUACAUGUUUUAUGAUCAAAAUGUUACUCAUAAUGGUGAUCCUUUAUUCAUUCGACGGGAACUGAUUAUGAAUAUUAGAAAUUUCAACGAAUCAUUUGAGCUACCUCGAGAUCUUGAUCAUAAUCUAGUUUACUUUGUAAGCUGUAAAUAUGCCAACAUUUUUGUUCAAACUCCAAGAAAUUAUCGUGAUGGAAAAAGACUAUUUGAUAGAAUGUUAUUUACUCCAAUGCUACAAAGAUAUUCAGUCAAAACUGAAUUUUAUUAUAAAGAAGAAUUGGCAUUAAUUGUGUCAGCAUUGACAGAAUCUGGCUUAUACAGUUUUUGGAAUAAGGAAUUCAUCAAUUCUGUAAAUCAAGAAGAAGAUAGAAAACAUGAGUAUGAAACAAUGAUUGAGUUCCACAACAUGAAAGUUCCAUUUAUCAUUCUUUCGUCAGGAUACUUGAUUGCACUGCAUGCAUUUGUGAUAGAAAUACUUUUUAAUUUGUUUGAGAGCCGACGACUGAAAAUGCAUCAACAGUUAUCAUUGCUCAAUCCAAUUAGACUUAAAAGGCAAUUACUCAUGAUUCGUGGAAAAAUCUAA